AUGGUUCCAUAUGCCCAUUUCCUAGAACACAUUCACACAUUCUGCCACUUCAUCAGCGAUGUCCAUCAGGGCACCAGGGCAAUGGCUGAUCUGAGCCAUCUCCAGCGUGACGUCCUAGCGCAUUGGGGGACCAAGAUCCACCUGCAGCGGGGAUGUGGGCAGCAAUUGGCUGCAUCGCCUAGCGUAACAGCUGGCGUGCAUGAUCGGGUCGAUCCGCCGUGGCAGCAGCAACGACAACCAAAAAAAAAACACAAGAUCUUCACUUCAAGACAACGACAACAACAAGCAAAAAUGGCCGCCAGACUCCCUUCCUCCCUGCUUCGCAGCGCCGUCUGCCGGCCCAGCCCGAGCCUCAGGCAAUCACCAACAUGGCCCAGCUCCGCCAGCUUGCGCGCCUCAUAUUCCACCGAGGCGCCUCCAUCACCACUCUACGCCAAAAUUAGAGAGGAUCUCAAGGGAGCCAUGAGAGCCAAGGACAUCAACCGCCUAACUGUUUUGCGUGCUGUCAUGGCUGCCACCUUGAACGCCAGCAAGACCGACAAGCCCAUCAAGACCGACGUCCAGCUCGUCGAUCUCCUCCGCAAGAUGGCCCGCAAGUCCCAGGAUGCUGUCGCUGAGUUCAAGGCUGCGGGGAGAGAAGACUUGAUUGAGAAGGAGGAGAUCCAGCAAAAUAUCAUUGAGGAGUACACCGCCCAGAGCAGCGUCAAGGAAGUCGGCAAGGAGGAAAUCGAGCAGCUUAUCACCAAGGUGGCUCAGGAACUCAUUGCGGCGGGUACUACCGAUGUGAAGGCCCUGAGAGGUGCUGUCACGGCAAGGGUGAUGGGUAAGGAGCUCAAGGAUGCGGCUGUUGCUGUCGAGAAGAAGGAAAUUACCCAGAUGAUUGGUGAGAUCUCGCAGAAGCUGGCUGAGUCGUCAUAG